UGGUGCCAGACCCAAUGCACUGAAAAUUGUAUUCGCUGUUCCAUUGAGAUAUCACAGCAUCUUUUAUCCGGCUACAGGCCAAUGCAAUAGUCUUGCACGAGUCCAAUGCUGUGCAGGUGUUGGAUGGGGAGAGACUAGAGUUGAUUUGACUCCUGAUCAGACUGUGAUCAUUCUCCUAUCUGUAGGAAAUGACUUUGAGGUUUUAAAUUGAUCAAUUGCAGAAAGCCAAUAUCGGGAAAGCUUUCUCUACUAGAUGGACAGUGGACAUGCCUGUCUACACAGCACUGCAGUUCGAAGAGCGCAGCAUGGAUCGUGCCAGAUCUCUUUCCCCAAGGCGCAAGUCCCGUCUUCCACACUACCAAGAUGAUCCCGCAAGAACCAAAAGGGGGAAGUCUGCAGCGAGGCUUCCAAGAGCUUCUCUUAUUCUUCUCAUCCCCCUGGUGUACCUAGGCCUGUGGGCUCUCCGGUGGUCAUGGCAGGAGACAGCUGUGGAGGUGUGCGGUGCCCGUCUCGAUCCCCUGCAGCUGUGGGCGGGCGCCCACCAGAUGAAUGUCGUGCGGAGGGGUUUGUACGAUGUCCUGGAGGCCCAGCUGGGACACACAGGCCUGAUGCUGGGGCGGGAGCAGACGCAGGGGCUGGACGCGCGGUCGCUCUUCCGGAAGCGCGACGGCCGCGUGGAGCCGGCGCUGCAGCCGCUGCAGGUGCCCGUGCGCGCGGUGGUGCUGCACUUGGGGGACCCGGCGGCUGCGCGCGCGCUGUCGGCCGCGGUGGCGCGCCACAUGUCGCCGCUCGCGCAGGACGCCGGGCUGUGGCUGCAGGACCCCGCCAAGUACCACGCCACGCUCUUCCACGCCUCCACCCACGAGUUUCCGGUGGAGGCCAGCAGCGCGGAGGUGGAGACGGAGGUGAAGGCGGUGGAGAGGAGCGCGGUGCACCUGUGCCCCAUCGAGGUGGUCCUGGAGCGGGUCAUUGCAACGCCCACCGGCAACAUUCUGGCCUGCUGGCAGAUCCUGGGCGGCUCUGAUCCGGCUGCCGUGCGCAGGCACGGCUCCCCCUGCCUUCCCAGCUGUCAAUGGGCGCUACGGGGAGCGCUGCCGCGGGCGCCGCCGGCGGAGCAGCAGACGGUGCAUGACCCGGCCAUCCUGCACACGACUCUCGCGCGGCUGCUGCGGCUGCCGCGCGCGAGCGCCGGCCGCGUGCUGCGCUCAGGCGCCCCGGACGGCGCCGAGCUGCUGCGGUCGGCCGUCGCGCGCAUCUCCGCCGACCUCUGCGGCCUGCGCGCCACGCUGCCCACGCUCUGGUAUGUGGAGGAGGAGGAUCUGCUGGCGUUGGCACUAAAUGGGCGAGUGAGGAAGCACCCUGUGCAGAUGCUCUGCCAGCGGCCGCCGCCGCUUGUUGCGAAUGUGGAGAGUAUUCAGAAAGUAGCCGCAAAUCAGUUCCCAUUCAGCUGA